AAGCCCACUCCAUCACAAAUCAUCUGCAAACUACAAUCUCAUCGUCAAUUUUGCAGAGUUGCUUCUCACCAGAUCAAGCGGAAAUAGCCCAAGAAGACCUAAGUCUGUGUCUGACCGCUGACAACAGUUAGGACUGGCAGGAGGCGGAAGGAUGGCCAGAUUGUCCUUGUGGUGUUUGGGGGGCUUGCUCCUCUGCGCCGUGCACCUGGUUGCUGCAGCCGACCCACUGCCCAACUGCUCCUAUCCGGCCAUCUACGGCUUCGGAGACUCUCUCACCGAUGUCGGCAAUGGCAUCGCCGCCUUUCCAGAGAAGUUCAAACAUGCCGAGAUUGAUCCCUACGGAAUCCAAUUUCCCAUGCACGCUGCAGAUCGAUACACGGACGGCAAAAUGUUCAUCGACUUCCUUGCUUUCGGAAUCAGGAGGCGCCCUAACUACGCCAUCCUGAGAGGAACUGCCGGAGAUUUCACUUACGGGUCCAACUUCGCGGCGUACGGAGGCUCUGCGAGGCCCGUGAAGGUGUGGAACACAGGGGAGAAGUUUACCUCUCCGUUCUCCCUGGAUGUGCAGCAGCAGUGGUUCCAGCGUUACAAGAUUCGUCUGUGGUUCUACGAGUCUCCCGUGUACAACCCCAACGGAAGACUGGUGCAGAGCCUCCCGAAGCUAUCCAGCGUGAACUCGUCGCUGUUCACGGUGUGGGCAGGAUACCAGGACUACUUCUGGAGCCUGUACGAGAAGAAGCUGACGGUGAGCCAGACCCGGAAGAUCGUGCCUGAGGUGGUGAAGGCCAUCGAGGAGCACAUCGAGAAGAUUCUGGCGGUGGUGGAGUACACCCCUCCCGGAUUCCCCACAAUGCUCAUGCCCCCGGCGACGGAAGUCCUCAUCCAGAACCAGCUCCCUCUGGGUUGCGUCCCCGCGCUGCUGACGGUGCACGGAGGAUCCCACGCCAAGUACGACGAGUAUGGGUGUUUGAGCGAUCUGAACAAGAUCUCGAAGGCCCACAACAAGCUGCUGGGCGAGAAGGUGGAGGCACUGCGCAAGAAGUACCCGGCGGCGAAGCUGUACUACGGCGAUGUGUAUGGAGUGUACGAGGACAUUCUGAAGAAGCCAGCAGACUACAAUGUGACGACUCCACUGAAGGCAUGCUGCGGAACGGGAGGGAAGUACAACUUCAACAAGGACGUGUGGUGCGGCGAUUUCGGAACGGUGGAGGGCAAGUUCGUGAAUCUGACGACCCCCUGCGCCAAUCCUGCGGGAGUCCUGAGCUAUGACGGGAUCCACACGUCGAACACGGUGAACAAGGCGUUGGCGACGGCUUUUUUGACAGGGAAGCACAUUUACCCCGAGGGUGGAUUCAAGUGCUCUCCCGACUUCACAUUCUGGGACGCCAGGACAUAAGCGAGAGCUGGUGCUCCAUUCCGGGGCAACAUCAGACACGAGCACCAGUCCUCCUUCCGAGGGAACAUUGUUGCGUUCGGAUACCAUGCUUGACGGCUGCACGCAUCACCAUUCGAUGCAGGAGCAAGCGAUAAAAAAAACGCGACGCAGCUUGGGAGGAAUCGAGCUGGUUAUGAGGUUGUGAUAGAAACCCGUUGGCCAUGAGUGCGUAGGGUUUCCUCCAUGAGUUAUCACGACACUUGUGAAGUAACGAAAUAAUUGUGUUCAUUUACUGGAGGAAAGACGGACUGGCAUCGUCUAGACUUGGUUUCGACCGGUGAUGCGGACCAAGAGAAUUCUGUUCAUUGAGUGUACACGUUCCGGCAGUGCCUUUGAAAUAAUCUGAACAUUCUAUCAUUCUACACUCA